AUGACGGCCAUCGUCUCAUUUCUUUGUGUCGCCGUCGGAGUGGGAGGAUCGCUCGAGAGGAAUCUACUCGGCUGUGCAACCAAAGCCUCAACCUUUACCACGGACCACGAACGUCUCGCACGAAAGAGACAUUGGACCAACAAGAGCAGCAAAUUGUCGUUUGGGGAAGAAGAAACAUUGAGCUUGAGCAACACCAACAUACCACCAUCGCAUGGAGACUCGUCGUCGUCGCCGCCGCCGCGCCGGUUCGUCGAGAUGGGGCGAACCUCUAAAUUCACAUUCCCCGUGCCCGGGAGGAAACAGAAACCGCCGUUUGGCCCGAUUGUAUCCGGGCCGAUGUCGAAAGCACAGAAGAUUUUGGGGACCGCCGAAAUCAAUAUUGACGCUCCGCGACAGUGGGAUUCCGCCUCCAACUCUGGCAUCAGCGUCUGCGUAUCCGAAAGCACGGCGACUUAUAAUGCGAGCGAGAGAAGUCGAGGCAUGCGCCAUGAAGAGGAGGCUUGCGCCGGGAACAAUCGCAGGAACAACACGAACGCGCAAUGGGAACAGGAGUCCGAAGUCCUGCCGGCUUUUUUGACGAACCGAUUCGCGCAGCUGAGCACCGAAGGCGGCCAGCGGGAGUUCACCGAAACAUCAAGCCUCGCCCGACGUGGUUCAAACUCGACCAUCACCUCGUGGUACGACAAAGCGAAGAUGCCACUGUCCAUAUCGCAGCAGACGUCAUCUUCCGCCAUGGCCAAGGGCCUGCCUCAGAAAGCCAACGCCGUCCUCGAUAUCGAAGGCCAGUCGUCGACCAAUUACCCGGCACCGUUGAACCUGAAAGCCAAGAAGCGGCCCAGUCGGCUGGAUCUUGGGCCACUGUUGUCUCGUCACAAGCACCACAGCUUGAAAGGCAAACCCGACCCUCAGCGAGCGAGCUCCGUACAUGGAAACGAAUACGCCAAUCAAUCGCCCUCGCGCGCUUCGGUCACGUCGCCCCAAGCCACGCCGCCGCCGAUUCAGCAGAGAGUCGAGAGGAAGCUAAUGAGAAAGAGCACAUACGAUAGCCUCAACUCGACCGGAAGCCGCCCGAGAACAGGUUCAAGCAGCCGCAGGGGCGCCAACGACAUCAGCACGUUGCCUAAUCUUCAACAACCGACGCAGACAGAUCGUGAUUGCGCAUCGAGUGUUUCAAGCCGCUACACAAAGACCUCGAAAGCCUCCAAGCGAACAAGUCAGAGCUUAAACGGUUCCGAUCUAAUGGAGAAGAGUGUGCUGUCGCUGUCAUCAGACUCGGAAGAGGACUUCUUUCCCGAUUCCGUCUCAAAAUUCACUGGAGGUUCUCGCAGUAGCGAUGCGGGCAGCUUAGCUCCUUCGUCGCUGAGGUCGACACAAUCUCGAGACGCCCCAUCAUUGGGACAAGGCUCGAGGAAGUCUGUCAAACAUGCCAGCUUUGCCCCGACCAAUACAUAUCUCACCAUUCCUAGCAAAUCGCCGCCGAGCAAACCAUCCAGUGUCAGCUCACGAAUGAGCUCUUUGCCCUCAACUACCUAUCGGCCUCCGCCUGCCUCGAAUCGGUCAUCGCAAUACUCGACCAUGUCAACAUCAACAACGGACUCCAUGAACAAGCGGCAAAGUCGCUCGAGUUACAGCGCUCAGGAAGCGCGGGUGAUUGCUGUGCUUCCUCCACAAGAAUCUCACUCAGGCUGGGAUCGCAUGGCCAACCCGCCCCAGCGCAUGCUGUCUACAAAAUCCCCUUCCGUGCACUCGGUCGACCAGCCGACCCCGCCAAUGAGCCCGGCAUCUGUAGAAUCUUUCAUGAGUUCCGGUGGCGCCGCGGAUGCCAACAACACCACAGACUCUCGCUUCAUGGCCGUGACCCGGCAGGAAGAGAUGCUGCUUGCGGCUCUCCGGAUGAAGCGGGCUCGGAUGCGUGAAUCAGUCCUGGCAGAAUACGAAGACGACUCGAGAAGUUCAUCCUCGUUCCAUCAACGCAACUCCUCGCAGGGCACCAUUACCGAAAUGGAUUGGCCCGAACCUCCGGGUCAGACCCUUCGCCACCAGACAUCGGCAACCUCGAACAGCACCAUCAAGGCCGGAUCGCGUGCCUCUGACAGUCGCCCGGCGUCGGUGGUCCGAGGCAGGAGCCAUCACCGCAGCAACUCCCGCCACCUUGACUUUCCCGCGACCUCUUCGCAGCCAGUGUCCGGGGCAUCGUCGAGGACGGCUAGCCUGAGGAAGAUGAGACCGGUCCAGGAGACGCUGCCAAGCGAGGCCAAGCAGGAGCGGAUCCUGCUCUACCUGGACAGGCCGGUGGGAAAGGUCAACUCGAUGGACUUUGCGGAGCCGAGCCCCGACCUCAGCGACUUUAUGGACUUUGACAACGCCAGCGAGGAAGACGAAGAGUUCACGAGCGGCAUGUCCAUGUUCCGGAACCGGGACCACCACAGAUUCACCUUGGGCAGCAAGAGCCGGGGCCGGAUGCUGAUGACGGGCGAGAGGGUCCGCCACGAAUCUUCGCCGCUGAGACCGAGAGGCAACGCCGCCUCCGCCGACAACGUGAACGCGAAGCGGGCGCCCACCACCGAAGUCGUCGAGAGCGACAGCGACGUCGAGCCAAUGUUUGGGAUCCCGCGGCCCGACUCGCCCGUGUCGCCCGAGGGCACUCUGGGUCUCCCCAACCAGGGGCUGUCCAAGAAGAAGGCUGUCCGGCUCAGCGCCGUCGGCAACGCGGGAGUCGAAGCCGGCUGGUGGGGUGACGACGGUUGA